GCCAGGGCCGGAAGUCGAACGGUGGCGGCGGCGGCGGCGGCUCUGGCAGCUCGGGGACUCAGGGCAAGUGAACAGUCCAUAUUCACUGUUGAAUCUGAAAAAGUGGAAGGCAGUAAAGGAGAAGCAACAAGUAGUUUUGAUUUCCAGAGCGGAGGACAGACAUUGAGUUGGGUGAUACUUUCCUGAUAUAAGGACCUUCUGUUUAUUUGUUUGCUUGUAGCCCUUUCACCUGUAUAAUUCUCUGUACCAGAGGCUCACCAUGAUUCUCCAGAGGCUCUUCAGGUUCUCCUCUGUCCUUCGCUCGGCAGUCUCUGUGCAUCUGAGGAGGAACAUUGGUGUGACAGCGGUGGUGUUUAAUAAGGAACUUGAUCCUAUACAGAAACUCUUCGUGGACAAGAUAAGGGAGUACAAGGCAAAGCGACAGACAUCUGGAGGACCUGUUGAUACUGGCCCAGAGUAUCAGCAAGAGCUGGACAAAGAGCUUUAUAAGCUUAAACAAAUGUAUGGUGGAGGGGACAUGAAUACGUUUCCUACCUUCAAAUUUCAAGAUCCCAAAUUUGAAGUCAUCGAAAAACCCCAGUCCUGAAGAAUAUGAUAAAAUUCAUCUGGUAAUUUGUCAUGAAUUAGUUGUACGUCUAAUUAAAAAAAAUUCAAAUAAACAUUCAUUUACCAGUUA